AUGACACAGCAAGCGGCCGUUGCACUUGGAACACCUAUGUUGGGUCGGCCUACUGGACAUGCGGUGACAUUCUUAGCCUGGCCUUCUGGUCUUGCUCCGGAUCACCAGCUACCACGUGCCCAGGUGCUAAGAGCCUUUCUGUCGGGGAUGGUGGAAGCGGAUGCGUCGAAAUUGGAACAAAGUACGGAUAUGCCUAUGACUAUUUUAACUGGUCCCCUGGAGUUGGAAAUAUUUAGGGCCACUUCUGGAGAGUUGAGGGUGAAGAGGGAAGAGGGGUAA